UUGCUUCCUCUUCCUGAGUUGGGUGUUGAUUGGGCGCAGAACAUGGGGAAACGUCAUGUAAAGGUGCAAGAUAUAUUUUGAGAUUCUCAGAGAGAUAAUGCAAGGUGUCAGUAAUCCAGGGAGGAUAAUGCAAAAAUCAAGAAAGUCAGAUGUCCUGAGUAUGUCAGUUUCACCUUCAUUCCUUCAUCAUCCUCCGAUUUUUUCCUUUCUGGCAUCGAAACCACUCUUGAGAAUUUGGUCAAAUAACUUGAUAUCUAACGAUAUCCUACUCAAUCAUCCAAUAUCUUUUUAA